AUGAGCAACACAAGAGUUGGUUUGGUGUGUUACGCCGAUGAUGCAGCAAUCAUCGCCGAAUCAGAAAACGACCUACAGAGACAACUCUUCCAGUUCUUCUUGGUAAGCCGCCAACUCAAUAUGAACAUUUCUAUCAGCAAAACCAAAUGUAUGACAAUCGCUAAGGAUCCGCUCAGAUGUAAGCUUGUGGUGGAGGACAAUCCCAUAGAACGAAUUAUGCAUUUCAGAUAUCUAGGCAUAGACGGCAUAUCAAGUACCCACGACCCAGUUAAAGACCUAAGAAGCCAGAUUAACAAAACAUCCGCACUAUCACGAUGCCUACGAGAUAAUCUGGUCCAACCCGUACAUGCAGACAGAGUAAGAAAUCCAGAUGUCAAAGAGCAAUACGGGAUACAAGACAUUGUGAGAUGGGGAAGACAACGUAAGAGGCAGUGGUACAACCAUGUAAGACGGAUGGAAGAGAACAGACUCGCGAGAAUAGUACUAGAAAACAACCCGCCCGGCUCAAGGCCUCCCGGUAGACCACCUAAAAGGUGGAAAGAUAGUUGGCAAUCCACCUCUCAGGAAAAGAUGCAGAGGCAGCUUCAGAAUUAA